CGAUGUCCCACUAGCUAAUGAACUACUUAAUGGGAAUAAAAGUGUCGGCCUUCCUAAGCAUGCACUAACCUUAAUUAUUGCUUGCCAGGAAGUAGAACAAGACCAUGCUAGCUGGGAUUACAAAAGUACAAGGUACAAAACCACUUGGCAACUAAAGUUACAACAACAAGACUGA